GUUAAUCAGAUGGUCGUUUGGCCCCGCCCAUUGUUUACUGUCAGCGGAUUAUGGUCGAAUCUUUUUUUUAAUAAAAAAAAAAAAAACAGGACAUUUAUUUCCGUAAUUAACGCUUUUGCAGCUUCACGAGCACAUUUAACAAUUUGUUUAUUUCGGAUUAAAUGACGGAUUCGGAUUAAACAGUUUAAAGCAGUUUUCAUGGCGUCUUCAACGACGAUUGGUGAGUUCAUGUGCUCUCUCAGUGAAAUGGGUUUCACUGAGGAUCAGAUCCAGGCUGCAGUUCAGGCUGGCUGUUUCUCUGUACCAGAAGCAGCUGAAUGGAUUGUGCGGGCUGGCAGUCCAAGACACACACUAGUGCCACGAUCCGGACCAAUUACAACUGCUAUCGCUGCUUUUAACCGUCCUAAAGUUGCUCAAGGAGCUCAGACGGAGGGACAAGGUGCUCAUUUGGUGCUGCAUCAUCCUGCAGCAGAAACUGAACCUGUAAAGUCUCGAAUAAAGCAGAACAAUGACUUCCUCGCUCAGGAGAGACAGAAAGCAGCAGAGCACGCCCGGGCCGAGAGGAGACAAAACACACAGGAGCGAGAGUUAAUCUUGAAAAGAAUAGCAGCAGAUCGGCGUGCUCAGCAGGAGAAACACACCAUCACUCCAACUUUCAGUGAACGAGAGAAACCGAGUGAACGAGUGCAGAGCGGCACGGACAACAAUUGCAUUCUGAUGAUCCGUCUUCCCUCCGGCGAGUCUUUGCGUGUGUGUUUUCCGGCAGAUGCUCGACUCCGGGACGUCGUUGACCAUGUCACCUCCCUCCAUCCUUCUCUUCCCACCUUCACACUUUUUCAUGGUUUUCCUCGUCGGCGCUUCAGCGAUAGCGACUUGUCACUGUCACUGCACUCUCUCGGUUUAACACCGAACGCUGCACUCGUCCUUCAGGCCAUCACUCCUCCCGAUCCCUCCAUCCCCACCGCUAUCCAUGAUCCUGAGCCACCUCGCAGUGACCCUCCUGUCCAGCAGGGGGCAGUUGAGUUACCCCAACCUGUAGCUCCACCCCAGUUUCAACCACCGCGCUGGGAAGACAUGGUGCAUGCUGGGAUUGCUGAACCUCGUCAUCGCUGGGGUCAUGGACAAAGACUGGUGCCAGAAGAAGAAGGUGAUGCUGAUGAUGAUAGUAGUAAUGAUGAUGAUGCUGCUGCUGCUGAUGAAGAGCAGGCACUGGCAGAUAUUAAUGCUGUACAUCAGCUUCCUUUCUUUAACGAGCUCCGAGAUCAGGAGCAGCAUUACUGGCCGAAUCAGGGAAACAGACUUGGGGAUCCAGAGGCCUCAGUAGAUCCAACAGAGGGCAGAGUUUUACCUGGUGAGGCAGCAUUACAGCGUUUACAGAGAAAUGAUCAACAGCAACAUCAUGACACCGAGUCCCCGGUUCCCUGCAAGAAACCCUGCACUGUUGCCAAACUCGUCACCAUGGCAACACGAGCCGCCAUCUCCCUCACCAGCGCUCCUUAUAUGCAGUUCGUCAGCAGUUUUUCAUGUUUGACCCCAGAGCUGGCUGAGCGUUUGUUGGGUCAGAUGACCUCAGAUCGCUUGCUGAACCCCCGAACUCUUCAGCUCUUCACUGGCUGCUCGCUUCAGAUGCUAACAUUAAACAGCUACCCAUACACCACCAACACACUGCUGCAGCAACUCCGGAAGUUUAGACACCUCACACACCUCAGCCUGGUCAACUCGCCACUGAUCACUGAUUGUGGGCUGUCUGUUUUGUGUAAAUUGGUGAAGCUGCAGUAUCUGAAUCUCUCGUCCUGCUCUAAACUGACUGACGGCUGUUUACCCCACAUGACCGCUCUCAAGUCCUUGUGUGUGUUGAUUCUGGAUCACACUAAAGUGAGCGAUGCCGGUCUGCAGGUCUUCCUUCAGUCAUCUCCUCCUGCACUCGUUCACCUGAGUUUAAACCAAACCGCUGUUACAGAGGAAACGUUAACUGCACUGCGUGUGUGUGUACCACAGCUGCGUCUGCUCAGCAUCACACACACCAGGGUGUGUGACGUGUCUUCUCUGGCCGAUCUGCACGAUCUACAGACUCUUCACCUUGACUUCACUCGGGUCAAAGAAGAAUCACUGCAGAGUCUUUCAGCGCACAGGAAUCUAUCGUCACUCAGUCUUCAUGGUGUUCCAGUCAGUAGCGGUGAUCACACCCUCGAGAUCCUAUCAGGGCUGAAUCUGACUCAGUUAACACUUCCUGGCCGUCACUCAGUGACCGACGCUGGGCUUUACUUCCUCUGCACACAGACUCUGCUCUCUGAGCUCGACCUGAGCGACUACACACACAUUACUAACCAGGGCAUCACACACUUGGGAAAAAUGACUCGGCUGAAGAAGCUUUCAUUGAGUAACACACCGCUCACUGAUGUGGGCUUAUCAGCUCUGUCCACUCUCACUCUGCUGAUAGACGUGUGUCUAAACCGAACAACCGUGACGAGCCGUGGAGUCACUCAGUUCAUCACACGCCUACCUUACCUACAGGUUCUAGGUUUGUCCUGCACGCAGGUGGGAGAUUCAGUACUGAAAACUUUAAUUUGUUGCACCGAUCUGGUCAAACUGAACCUGAGCAAAACUCGCAUCACUGAUCGAGGAUUAAAGUUUCUUCACGGUAUGAAACUGAGUCAGGUAAAUCUAGAUGGUACAGGUGUGACUGCAGGGGGCGUGGCCAACCUGAUCGCCGCUUCUCCUCACCUGAUCAGCAUCCGUGCCAAUAACACGCAACCGCUCCCUGCUGCACAACAGAGCGAUGAUGAUGGUGGUAUUGACGAAGAUCGGCCAUUACACUGAGACAGCGCUGAUCGGGCUGUUUUCCAGAGUAAUUCAUUACAAGCAAAGCCAUCAUUCAGUUGCUGUUUCUUGCUUCUGCAAUUUAAAACAUCUUAAUCCUGUACUUAAUAUCAUUUUACUUAUAUAUACUUAUCACACACUCAAGAUAGUUUAAAAAACAACAACAACAACAUUAAUUUAGUAAUAUUGUUAAUAAUAUCAAAUGGCUGCAAAUUGCUUUGCUUUGUUUAGCAUGAGCUAAAACCCCCUUUAGUCUGGUUUUGGAGUUAACUAGGAGUCUCUGGCUGAAAGUAGGGGUUUCAUCACCCAUGAAAUUCAAACACAAGUUCAUUUACCCGUUGUGUUAUUGCAUUAGUAAUGUUCAUUUUGCAGAAGCAAAUAAAACUGUAGGUGACUCACUAAGCAGAUAAACAGAAAAAAGACUGGAAACAUGCUAAUUUACGAAUUUCCCAAAAGUGCAUAUAACAUGUUACUAAAUAAUGUGUGUAACUACAGCAUUUAUCAAUCAGACAUUGUUAUUAUUAGUAGUAGUAACAAUAUUAGUAUGAUUAAGUUGUGCCAUAUCGUUUCAGAAUUACAAAAUUCUGUUCAAAAUGUCAUUUUCAAGAAUCAGUAUUUUACACAGUACUAAAUUAUUAAAGACUGUUAAGCUUGAAACUGCAAAAUGUAACCCACCAAAAUCUAUAUUUUUAGAUCUUGUUUGUAGUGUAUAAUAGUUUUGUAUAAGAUCAUUAAAAUGAUAACAAGUUA